UAUUUCUGUGCAGGGGUUUUCAAUUAUAAGCAAGCUCGAGAAGACAAAGGGUCAAGAUGUUUGAUGUGUUUGGCUCUGUGAAGGGCUUGUUGAAGCUCGACACAGUCUGCAUCGACAAUAAUGUAUUCAGAUUACAUUACAAAGCGACUUUUGUCAUCCUUGUGGCUUUUUCGCUACUGGUCACCUCCAGACAGUACAUCGGGGAUCCCAUUGACUGCAUCGUAGACGAGAUUCCACUGCACGUGAUGGACACGUACUGCUGGAUUUAUUCGACCUUUACCAUUCCUGAUCGUAAUGGCAUCGUGGGUAAGGAUAUCGUCCAGCCUGGGGUAGCUUCACACGUAGAGGGCGAAGAUGAGAUUAAGUAUCACAAAUACUACCAGUGGGUCUGCUUCACUCUGUUCUUCCAAGCCAUUCUCUUCUACAUUCCUCGUUACCUGUGGAAGACCUGGGAAGGUGGCAGGAUCAAGAUGCUCAUUAUGGACAUUAAUUGUACCGUAUUGAACGAGGAGUGUAAAAGCGACCGCAAGAAGCUGCUCGUUGACUACUUUGCCAACAAUCUGCACUCGCAGAACUUCUAUGCAUUCCGCUUCUUCCUGUGCGAAGUCCUGAAUUUUAUAAACGUCGUUGGCCAGAUUUAUUUCAUGGACUUCUUCCUCGACGGCGAGUUCACGACCUACGGCUCGGACGUCGUUAAAUUCACGGAGAUGGAGCCCGAGGAGAGGGUCGAUCCCAUGUCGCGGGUCUUCCCCAAGGUCACCAAGUGCACCUUCCAUAAAUAUGGUGCGUCCGGCACGGUACAGAAAUUUGACGGCUUGUGCGUGCUACCCCUUAACAUCGUCAACGAGAAGAUCUACGUGUUCCUCUGGUUCUGGUUUAUUAUCCUGUCGGUGCUGAGUGGUCUCAGCCUGGCGUAUCGCGCGGCCGUCGUCGCUGGACCGAAGCUGCGUUUCAUCCUCCUCCGGGCGCGAUCACGCCUCUCGCCCAACGACGAGAUCAAAUACAUCUCCAACAGGUGUCAAAUCGGCGAUUGGUUCAUUCUCUAUCAGCUUGGCAAGAAUCUCGAUCCCCUCAUCUACAAACAUCUCAUAGCGGACCUGGCCAAGAAGCUCGAAGGCAAGGAACUUGUUUAAGGGAAGUCGCUACCCGGAGUCUGAAUUCUGGAUUCGUUCAUUAUUAUUAUUAUAAAAUACUUUUCAUUUAUUAACACGAUGCGCGAACGAACGAAUUAACGAACGUACGAACGUACGAACGUCGAAUAAUCGAUCGAUCAAUCGAUCGAAAGCAGGAAAGAAAGACAGAAAGAAAGAAAGAAAGAAAGAAAGAAAGAAAGAAAAAAAAAUGUAAGAGCGAGCAAUUGAACGAUUGCUUAAUUGAAUUGCUACGGGCAAACUUGUUCGGAUCAGAAAUACAGAGAGAGAGAGAGAGAGAGAGAGAGAGAGAGAGAGAGAGAAAAGUGA